AUGAGCUCCCAGGAGGAGCAGGUCAACAGCUUGUCUCCUCCUGGGGACACUCUGAGACGGAGAAGGAGCAGUCCUCUGCUGUGCAGUCUGACCCUGAAGAGGCUGAUGGUCCUGAAGGAGCUGGACAGAGAGCUCAGCUCCGUGGUCAUCGCCGUGAAGAUCCAGGGAUCCAAACGGACUCUGAGAUCCAACGAGUAUCUUCUUCCUCCGGACGGCCUGAUGGAAACGGAGCUGGAGCUCACCUUCUCACUGCAGUAUCCUCACUUCCUGAAGCGAGAUGUGAACCGCUUGCACGUGAUGCUGCAGAGGAGGAAGAGGUACAAGAACCGAACCAUCCUGGGCUACAAAACCCUCGCCGUGGGCGUCAUCAACAUGGCCGAGGUGAUGCAGCAUCCGACGGACGGAGCCCACAUCCUGGGUCUCCAUAGCAACCUGAAGGAUGCCUCCGUGCGCACGGCGGAGCUGAGCGUCCAUUCUCUCACCAGCCAGCCAGUCGAGCACGAGGACACAAGCGGUCACCACGGCAACAAGACCAAGGCCUCGGAUCGCUCUCCUGACAUGGAGAACUACUGGGAGGACGAUGACGACAGCUUCUCCUCCGAACAGGAAGGAAGUGAUGACGCAGUUCCACCGCAGCUUCUUGCAGAGAUCUGA